GUGUAAAUGUUAAGAAUAGAAGAAAAGAAUGAGAGAAAAGUUCUUAACUUUAUAACUUUGAUAAGUAUGUUAUAUUUUUUUUUAUGUGCGAAGCGCAUGUCUUUAAAUAGUCUUUAUACCCAUUGCAAAUAAUGUCAUUCGCAUAUUUGUGUUGAAUUCGCAUUAGUAGUUUAUUAACACAACAGCAUCAUUUGAAAUAGAAUUCUCAAAUUCUGGUUUUGUAUUCUUUUUAAUUUUUGUAAAAAUGGCUCAUUUCAAAAAAUGUCUGCUCUUAUUUUUCUGUACACUUGUCCAUUUAAACGGACAGCCUGAUACGAGCAGGGAUGAGAGUAAUGAAAAUUCUCCGUCAUCUCCUAAGGAUUAUAUACCUCGAGUAAUAAUACGAAGCAUACAGGAAGUGGAAAAAAGAGGAAUGAAAGAAGAAGAAAUCUACUUGAAGAAAUAUGAGCCAAAAAUAGUAAACGAGUUGAUGAAAAUGAUGUAUCAAAAUUCUCUCCUUUUAUCUGAAAUUAACAUUCAUUUAUUUGCCGCAUGUGUUGUCAACAAUAUUGUCGAGAAAUUUAAUAAUGGUCUAAUUCCUGAAGUGAAUCUGUGCAAAGAAGCUUCAGAAGCUGUUGAAAAUAAUAAUAAGAAUUUAUUGCGUAAAGUAGUUUCAAAGCUUCCGAAUAAAAAUAAAUACACUAUCGCAUUUCUCAUGUGCCAUUUACUACGAGUUAUACGAGAUGACAUUAAUAAAGAACAUUUACUUGCUCUAUUGUUUGCAAAAAAUUUAUUUAAUGGAGAAUAUAAUAAAAUAAAGUCCAUGGAUAUCGUACAAUCCAGAAAUAUUGCUAUUAAAGUUUUUAUAAAAUUUUUGAAUCUUGGAUACCAAUACUGGGAUGAAAUUAUUAAUUAUGCUUCUAUUAUUAAGUUAGAUUGGUUAACAUCCUUAUUUGAUGAAGACAAACUAAACGAUUCCUUUUUUGGGGGAAAGUUUCGCUCUUCAAAAUCAUCAUUUGAAAGCGACAUUGAACCACAAUCGCCGUAUCCUGAACGUAAUAACGAUUUAUCAACUUUUAAUGAAAAAUAAAUAAAAAUGAACCAUUGUAUUUGUUAAUAUUUCAAGUAUUAUUUAUUAUGUAAAUUACUUGUCAAUUAAUAAAAAUUUAUGUCUUGUUGACAUAUUUGAAGUCAAAUUAAAAAAAUUAA